AAAACCGCAAGAUUAUCACAUCCGAGUUGGCUCUGUUCGGCUAUUUAACGGAACAGUUUAUCGUAUUUCACACAUAAUGGCUCACGAAAGAUAUUUUCAGCCCAGGAUUUAUCACGAUUUGGCUGUUAUUCGUAGUAAGAGAGAGAUUGCUUUCAAUGAUGAGAUCACAGCCGUAUGUCUACCUAAAAAGCAAUGGAUUAACAAUAGUUUUAUAUCCGAUGAGACAGCAUAUGUAUCUGGUUUUGGUGACACUCUAUUUGAUGGAUCCCAACCUUCAGUACUACAAGAAGUUGAUCUUAAAAUAUUAAACAAUACAUUUUGUGAACAAAAUUAUAAAAAUUUAAUAGAAAGUGGGGAUAAAUAUCCCGUAGGAAUGAAGAGAUCCAUUAUAUGUGCCGGUUAUGAAGAAGGUGGUAAGGAUGCCUGCCAGUAUAAAAAUACUUAUACACUUGCCGCCUUAUCCACCCUUAGCCCCCUCAGAGUGGCUAAGGCGGCGCGUGGCGAUUCUGGUGGACCGUUAACUAUUCAGUUUCGAUCUAUCAAUUAUCUAUUAGGAGUUGUUUCAUUUGGAUACAAAUGCGCUCAACCAAACUUUCCUGGAGUUUAUACAUAUAUUCCAUAUUAUUUAGACUGGAUUCAAAAAACUUUAGAAAGA